CAUUCUAUUUGAAUAAGAUUUGUUAGGCAGUCAGGGUUUUCAACUAUACAUAGUUAGGCCAUAUGAUCUGAACUAGCCCCUAGCGAUGGCAACGGUUACAAGUGGUCAAAAUGUGAUAAGUGGGCUAGAAAAAGCAUCCCAGCAACAUGAAGUAGACCUUGUUAUUGAUCUUGGUGUGGACAGACUGAUCAAAUGGAUCGGAGUGUAUGCUAUAUUGGCAGUUGCUGUGGUGGCUAAAAUUAGCGACUAUGUGGGUCCAAAUCUAUCUUGUUACCCUGCUGGAAAUUCUUCUGGUUAUGACGGUAAUUUUAUUGAGUUCGCGAAAACCUAUUGCUGGGAAUCGGUGACGUCAUAUGAAAACGCCCCUGUGUCUAUGUCAUCAAAUACGUCACAGCGGUGCGCAUUUUUGAACAGUAACGGUGAAAAUGAUCUUCUAAAAAACCCUAAGAAUUUGAAGAUAUUCAUUCACUGGCUUCCAUACCUAAUGUUGUUACAGGCGUUCGUGUUUGCUCUACCUUCAGCUUACUGGCAUUUUCGUGUUGGUGCACGACUGCUUGGUCAUAUCAAGUUUAUGCAACUCAUGAUCACAGAUAUCUUCGAUAAAAUCAAGAUCAUUCCAUUGGCGUUUUAUGAGGGGACACCAUACGAUGAAAAGAGCGAAAAUUUCGACGGUUUGCGACGUUGGCCGAAACAAAAAGAAUCUUCCACGCAGUCACCGCCUGCGAGUCUGGGCAAACCUGCAAUAAACUUGAAUACGACUAGAGCAAGUAACAACUCCAAUUUAUCCGAAGGAGAACCUGAAGAUCUGCAUGUGAUUGUUGUCGGCAAGGAAUCGUCACCGCUGAUCAGAAAAAGGUCAACUGCUUCGCAUACAAACAGCGUCACCGAAGAAGUAGACACAUCCAAGAGUGGCCCGGUUUCUCCAUCCGAUAUUGAACUUCAACCUGUUAGUGGUAGCGAACAAAAUAAUGUAAUCGCAGAUCCUGCUUCGGACAAUCCUUUAAAGACUCAAACUGAAAGUACUUUAAAAAACACACAAAAAAGCAAGGACCCGACGAAACAAGUUUUCUUUCUGGAUUGGUUGCUGUCGGGUAACAUGAAGGACCGGCAUUUGUUUUCAAUGAUCUGUUACGAGAACUUCGCAUCCAUGCAUCACCUGCCUUACAUUUUAUCAGUUUUCAACUUACAAGCGUUCACACCAGAAGGUGGGUUCAAAGACGGGGUUUACGAACCAGAAAUCGACAAGCAAUAUCCGCUCACUGAGAGUUUGUUGUAUCAUUGGUGCCACGGGAAGAACUUUAAUAAUACUUUCCUCGUUUGGAACUAUGCUCUCAAACAUAUCUUCACCGCUGUCAGUGCAUUUAUCAUGCUAGCAGUCAUGGUAUGGUCCGCCAUUAUUCUACACGAUGAUAUGGCCGCCUCAGAAACCUUCAGAUGCCAGCUUCCUUACCAAGACUUGUGUGUCUUGUGCGCCAUCAAGCGGAAGAGGGAUAUAUACGCCAUGUUCUGGUGUGAUUUUACGUUCACGCUCGUUAUAUUUGUGUUAUCGUUGUCGUACUGGUUAUUGGGGCGAACAGGGGAAAACCGCGCAACCUGUCAUUUCUUUGACCGUAUGAAACAAACGUGUAAUGUGGCGCUCGGGACAGCGGCCGUUACCGCCCAAAAAUUGCAGCAUUAAUCAUACGUAUAUUAUAGCAUGGAUGAAUUCUACUAUGAUAUACUCAUACUGCAUCUAAGAGUUGUAAAGUAUUAGAUCAAUGAAGUCAUUGCUUGUUCCAGAGAUAGUAAAUAUUGCAGUCUGUUGGUUCUAAAUAACUUUUGCGCUUAUUCUCCUUAAGGGUUAAGAAAUCUGGUCAAAUUGAAUGAGUUAUUUUUUACUGGAAUUUUCUAAUUAACAUUGCAUUUGAUAGUUAUCUUUUAAGUUGUACGUUACUGAAAUUUAUUUGACGCGACAGCAAUAAAUUUACUUAUUUUCUUUUGUCCAAAUACAUUUUUUCGGUAAUUAAAAGUUUUGUUUUACGAAA